AUGAGCGAAGCGGCUGCGCCUGCGCUGAGCGCUGCCGAGGCCAAGGAUGCCGCGCUGAAGCAGGUCGAGUUUUACUUUGCGGACGCGAACCUGCCGUUUGACAAGUUUCUCUUUACGCUUUCGCGCAAGGACCCCGAGGGCUGGGUGCCGAUCGAGACCGUCGCCUCGUUCAAGCGCAUGAAGCCGGUGCGCGAGGCGAUCGGCGUCGAGGGCAUUGCCGAGGCGCUGCGCGGCUCGGAGGACCUGCUGGAGGUCGACGAGGCGGGCCAGAAGGUGCGCCGCCGCAAGGAGCUCGUGCAGGUCACCGACGCGCACGCCCGCAGCAUCUACGCCAAGGGCUUCCCCGACGAGUACGAGGGCCUACAGGAGGACCUCGAGGCGUACUUUGCGCAGUUUGGCAAGAUCAACGGCGUGCGCAUGCGCCGCGAGAGUGAGCGCCCGCGCAAGUUUAAGAACAGCGUGUUUGUCGAGUUUGCCGAGCCGGCCGAGCUCGACGCGUUCCUGCUCAAGGCGCGCGCCGAGGAGCCUAUUGAGGACGGUGGCCGUGCUAUCCGCUACAAGGACACGCCGCUCGACGUGAUGAGCAAGCCUGCGUACGUCGCGAUGAAGAUGCAGGAAAAGGGCAUCGACCCCAACGACAAGAGCAACAAGGGCCCCCGCAAGUUUAACGCGUUCCGCGAGAUGGAGAAGGAGCGCCACUCGGGCGGCGAACAGUCGGGCGGCAGCCGCGCCGACCCCCUCGAGUUCGAGUACAACGGCAAGAUGCUCACGACCACCCCAGAGGGCUCGAUCAACGCGGACGAGGUCACUUUUCCGGCAGACAGCGUGCUGCGCUUUACCAACGCCGCGUCGGGUGGCAGCUGGAAGGACCUCAAGGAUACGCUCUCGACUCUGCACCCCACCUCGUUUGUCGAGUUCCCCGAGGGCGCCGUCGAGGGUGUCGUGGGCUUCCGCGAGCCGAUUUCCGAUGAAAAGCUCGCCGAGAUCAAGGGCAAGGGCAUCACCGUCGGCGGCCAGCCGGUGACGUGGGAGCGCGUCGAGGAGGCGCAGGCCAAGGACUUUUACGUGGACCGCGCCAAGUUCCGCGCGUCGUUCCUGCUCGACCGCCGCGAGGCCGACCGCAGCUCGCAGCGCGGCGGCCGCGGCCGCGGCCGUGGCCGUGGGCGCGGCGGCCGCGGCGGCGGCCGUGGCGGCCGUGGCGGCAGCGACAAGCGCAAGCGCGACGGUCCCCCCGAAAUCGGCGCCAAGCGCGCUCGUAAUGAAUAG